AUGCAUGAUAGAGAAAUACCCCUGACACUUUUGGUGCUUAUGUUUAUAAGCACUUCAGAAGAAACUUGUACCUCACGUCUUCACAUUACUGCAGUUGAAGGGGAACCUUUCUAUCUGAAGUAUUGCUCAUCUUCAUCUGAGCGUGAGAAUAAAACAGCCACCAUAAAAUGGUACAAAAAUGAAUCGCAUGGACCCCUUGAGCUGAGCUUGAGUAGUUCACCCAGAAUUAUUUUGCUCGAUUAUGUUUUGGAGUUUUGGCCAGUUCAUUUGAAUGACAGCGGAUCUUACUCUAUCCGAAUGGGAAAUGAUACUCAUGACUGGAAAUUAAAUGUCAUCAGAAGACCUAAACACAGCUGUUUUACUGAGAAACAAAUAAUGAGUAAAUCUGUGGAAGUUAAAAAAUCUUUGCAGGUAGCCUGUGAACAUGGUUACUAUCAAAAACUGGUCAACAGAACGUUAUUGUAUAAGAACUGUGAAAAGAUAGAGAACAAUCAAAACCCAUUUUUGAAGAAGAAUGCAGAGUUUAAAGAUCAGGGAUAUUAUACCUGCAUGUUUUUCCUUCUUCAUAAUGGCAAACUAUUUAACGUCACCAAAACCUUCAAUAUAACAAUAGUUGGAGCCGUCCACUUAUAUAGCUGUACCCCAUGCAUUGCGAAUGGACAAAGUACCACAAACUUCCUGUCUUCAAACCGCACAAACACGUUAUCUUACAGUUCUGGAGACAACAGUAAUAUAAUUCCAGCUCUUCUUGGACCAAAGCUUACGCAUGUUAAAGUGGAAUUAGGAAAAGAGGUACAGCUCAACUGCUCUGCUUUGCUGAAUGAAAAAGAUGUGAUUUACUGGAACAUCUGGAAAAAAAAUGGAAAGGAUCCUAAUGUACAUGAAGAGGAAGGGACAAGAAUUAGGACUUCAGAAGGCAAACGGCUUGCUUCAAAAAUACUGAGAAUUGAGAAUGUUAAUGAAAACAAUCUAAACUUUUCAUAUAAUUGCACUGCAGCCAGCGAGGGAGGCAUAGACACCAAAAGCUUCAUCUUAUUGAAAAAAGAAGACCCAGUUGACAUCCCAGGCCACAUCUUCACUAGAGGAAUGAUCGUAACUGUUUUGAUCUCAGUGGUCAUUGUGUGCCUAGUGACCGUGGGUGCCAUUUAUAGAGUUGACUUGGUUCUAUUUUAUAGACAUUUCUUGGGAAGAGAUGAAACCUUAACAGAUGGGAAAACGUACGAUGCUUUUGUGUCUUACCUAAAAGAAUGUCGGCCCGAGAACGGAGAGGAGCACACCUUUGCUGUGGAGAUUUUGCCCGGGGUGUUGGAGAAACAUUUUGGGUAUAAGUUAUGCAUAUUUGAACGGGAUGUGGUGCCUGGAACAGCUGUUGUUGAUGAAAUCCAUUCAUUGAUAGAGAAAAGCCGAAGACUGAUCAUUGUCUUGAGUAAAAGUUAUAUGUCUAAUGAAGUCAGGUAUGAACUUGAAAGUGGACUCCAUGAAGCACUAGUGGAAAGGAAAAUUAAAAUCAUCUUAAUUGAAUUUACACCAGUCAGCGACUUCACAUUCUUGCCUCAAUCACUGAAGCUUUUGAAAUCCCACAGAGUUCUGAAGUGGCAGGCCGAUAAAUCUCUGUCUUAUAACUCAAGGUUCUGGAAGAAUCUUCUUUAUCUGAUGCCCGCAAAAGCACUCAAACCAUGUAGAGACGAAGCAGAAGUCUUGCCUGUUUUUUCGCAGCCCUGAUCUUCAGAAAAGCUGAGCGGAAGAAAGAACUCUUGACACUCUGGGGACUGAGUGUAUGAGCCUGUUGAUAACGAAGG